AGACGAACAGCAUUGCAGAUGCAGCACGGCGGCGUGACCCUCGACGCCGAGCUCUACGGCCGCCUCAAGCAGCGCGCGCUCAGCCGCGUCCAGACCGAGCUCGAGGCGCAGUACGAGACCGACGCUGCGUACAAGGUUCUCCUCAACAAGCACAAUUUCACGGUCGCAACGCGAAACGUGCACGACUCGGCGUUCAAGAAGCUCCGGAGCGCGGGCACGUGCCACGACAUGACACUGGCCGACAUUCAGUAUGCACUCUACACAGCCGACGCGCGCGCGUACCGCGAGUAUCUCGCAGUGCUCUACGGCGAGCACUAUCUCGAAGGCGCGGUGCUCAACACGACCCUGAGCAGGAAUGCACAGGACCCGUUCUUAUGGUUUGGCGUCAAGUACAUGAAGAUCCACCUCCAAGGCAAGGCAGCGUUCGAGCCCCGCGACGCGACCUAUGUCGAGUAUACGGGCACGACUCGGAAUCUGCGGGGCGAAACGGUUCUCUUUGUGGUCCGUGAGACGCACGCGUUUCCCGAGAUUCCUCCGUUCCACGAAGUCGUGCGCUUCCAGUUUGAGCUCAUCCAGCUCUACACUCUGCACAGCGACGGCCGCGUCACCUUUACCUUUACGACGUUCUCGGAUCCGAACGGGUCGGUGCCCGGCUGGCUCUACAACAAGACCGCGUUUGGCGACAUGAACAUGGACGAGAAAUUGCCGCCGCUCAUCACGAUGCGCCGCCUCCUCGAAGCCAAAUGCGCGUCCGCCGUCUCGGUGCCGGCCAAGAACUGCAAGGCUUGCCACGCGUCGUUUUCCUUGUUUCGGUCGCGCUCGACGUGCUCGAUUUGUGGCCAUCACAUGUGCAAGAAGUGCCGCGUCACGGUCCUUAGCCCCAUGCACACCAAGGGGCUUGUCCCGAGCGAGAAGCGCCACUUUUGCAAGGCGUGCGUCAUCGACACGCGGCGUGCGUACGAAGCCGAAACGCGGCCAUCGUCGCGGUCAACCUACGACUCGUCCGCGAAGCGGUCGUCCAGCGCACCCAAUGUCCAGAUACCCGACGAGUGGGGUGUCAACCACCGGUAUGGUCUCUCGACCUCCAGCGCCCCCUCGGUGCUUGAAGCCGACACGGAACACGACGUUGAUAUCGAAGACGUGCGCGGCGCGUCGAUCCUCUCACAGACCGAGCGGCCGCAUCGACGCACGUUGAGUCUCUAUGACGAGCACGAGAUGCGCGAGACGUUCGAGCAAAUGAAGCUAUCGCUCGACAACCAAAAGCAACUGCUCUCGGACAUGCAGCGGCAGUUUACGGCUCAGUUUUAGUUGAUCGCGUCGAAGUGUUCAAAAGAAUGUCAAGUGCUAAGUG